AUGGCAAGGACUAGCGGAAAGCGCGCGUACGAGGACGACCAAGGCGAAGAGUACCAUGACUACGACGGCGAGGCAAGAUCAGAAGAAACGACUCCCUCAGCUCCCCCAAAUGUUCAGAAUAUGGCCUACAAAAUGGUACGAGGGGUGUUUGCUUUAGAAUUUAGAAAAAAUAUCAUCAACAAGAACCAGCUACAGAAAGUGGUCUGGGAGAACGAGUCGUACAGGGAAGUUAAAUUCGAUAAAGUCUUUGAGUUGUGCCAACAGUCCUUGGAAACGAUUUACGGGUUCAAAUUGGUGGAACUCCCUCAAAAAGAAAUCGAUAUUGGUAAACGCAAGCUCGCGGGGAAUAAUAACAGCAAUGCUAAUGAAUCAAAGAAAAGUUCUGGGGUAAAAGCUUGGAUUUUGGUGUCGGUACUUUCAGAGGAUGCGAAAAAAUUAUUGGGACAAUUUUGGGAAAAAGCAUCGAUCAAAUAUUUCAAACAAGUUGAUUCUUUGGGCUCGAUAAGUGAAAAUAAAAACUUACCAUUGAACGAAUCGACAUUGUGCAAUAAUGCGUUGACAAUGAUUGUUAUCGCAUGUGUUGCCUUGAGUUCAAAUAAUAUGAAUAAGGUUGAAUUGUUGAAGUAUUUGAAACAUCAUUUUGACAUAUCUUUGACCUCAACUAUCCCAAAUAUUUCGCAUAACAACGAGAAAGUCAAUUUGGAAGAUUUUUUGAAAAUGAUGGAGAAAACUGAAUACCUUAGUAAGAAAGUUGAACAUAAUGAGGAACACGAAUUGAUCGAAUAUUCGCUAGGAAGAAGAGCAAAAGUGGAAUUUCCAAAAGAGAGUUUAUGCCAAUUUGUUCAAAAAAUGUACAAUUACGAACAAGAUGAUGAGAAAAAUGAACAGCUAAGGAACCAGGUGGAGCUAUCUGUUGGCCAGGCUUAUACUUGA